GGAACUUUUGCUUGUCUUUGUUUCUUGUCGAGCGCUACAGUCCGACGCAUUGAAACGAGCACCCGAAACCAUAAUAGCACAAUCGAAUACUUGGCUUUUGGGUUCCUGAUGAUACAAGUGACUUUUUUAUAGUCAUUUGUUGUUCAAGAUGUUGUUUCGUUGUCUUUGGUGUGUUGGUUUGUUGUCGGUGAUCACGGCGGCGGCAGCAGAAGAAAAUGACGGCAUGGUGGCCAUCCCCGGGGGGAGGAUGACGACGACGACGACGAGGAGCUACGGGAGGGCUGAAGAUGAAGAGACCGAGAUUCAACUUCUGCCUUUUCUAUUGGACAAACAGCCCGUCACUAACUCCGCUUUCAGAGACUUCGUGAGGGACCAAAAGUACAAAACAGAAGCUGAGACGUUUGGUUGGAGUUUUGUCUUCCAGGAUUUUGUGUCUGAAGACAUCAAGGGCAAAGUAACGCACACCAUUAAGUCAGCUCCGUGGUGGCUUCCGGUUGAACGAGCCUUCUGGAGGCAGGUCUGCUCUUCCGUCCUCUUUUUUUUUCUUUUCUUUUCUGAGUUAGGUUUUCGUCCCUCCGCUCACGUUGCCCACACACAGCCUGCAGGUGCCGGUUCUGGUAUCGCUGCUCGUCUGGACUUUCCGGUGGUCCAGGUGAGCUGGAAUGACGCUCAGGCCUUCUGCAGCUGGAAGAGGAAAAAGCUGCCCACAGAGGACCAGUGGGAGUGGGCGGCCAGAGGCGGACUCGCGCGCGCGACGUUUCCCUGGGGGGAGCGCUUCCGGGCCAAUAGGAGCAACCUGUGGCAGGGCCCGUUUCCGGACGGCGACACGGCGGAGGACGGAUAUCACGGCCUCGCUCCCGUCGACGCCUUCCCGCCGCAGAACGACUUCGGACUGUGGGACAUGUUGGGCAACACGUGGGAGUGGACGUCCAGCGUGUUUCCGGCGUCGGGGGGCUCACGUCAGCAAAUGUUCACGCUGCGCGGCGCCUCCUGGAUCGACACGGCCGACGGCUCGGCCAAUCACAGAGCGGAAGUCGCCGCCAGGAUGGGCAACACUCCCGACUCUGCUUCGGACAACCUGAGCUUCAGGUGCGCCUCCGACGGCCGCGAGCGGGAACGGCACGCGGACUUGUAAACGACGACGAGACCCAGAAGACGACGAAGAACGACAACGUUGAAACGUUUCAGCGCCGAGCAGAGGAUUCAAAAAAUGUGACGUGAACGUUGCCGACUCGACCAAGAGGAAGCCGAGGACUCGUGCGUGUCACCGGGAGGACCGGCGGCGGAAAAGCAAAGUCGAAAGCUUCCACCCCCGCACGAUGGGAAUGGUACGAACCGGCCGCCGGUUUGAAAAUUGAAGACGACACUUCCUUCAGUCUUAUUUGCAUUCGCUGAAUGUUUGUCAUGACAAGAAAUGUUCAUUUACAUUCCUCAGCUCUUCCCUCCACCAAGGAACUUGCUUGCUUGUAUACAACGUCACGUUGACACUUUUUCUAUUUCUACAAUAAAUCGGCCUUCUCUCGA